UCAGGCAGAGCGCCCACCUCCUCAGCCACCAGCACAUCCACACUGGGGAACGUCCCUACACAUGUGGGCAAUGUGGGAAGAGCUUCAGGCAGAGCUCCAACCUCCGCACCCACCGUUUCUUCCACACUGGGGAACGACCCUACACGUGUGGGGAAUGUGGGAAGAGCUUCAGUGACAGCUCCACCCUCCACAAACACCAGCGCAUCCACACUGGGGAACGGCCCUACAAGUGCUUGGAUUGUGGGAAGAGUUUUCAGACCAGUUCAGCUCUCGUCCAGCACCAGCGGACGCACACGGAUGAGAGGCCCUUCCGCUGCACCGUCUGCGGGAAGGGCUUCAACCGGAACUCACAUCUCGUCACCCACCGGCGCAUCCACACCGGGGAGAGGCUCUACAAGUGUGGGGAGUGUGGGAAGAGCUUCACCCAGAGCUGUAACUUGACCUCACACGAACGGACCCACCAGUAACUGAAGCCCUACCAGUGCCCCGACUGCGGGAAGAGCUUCAGCCGCUGCUUCCACCCCGAA